CGAAAAGGAAGACCCUCGCGGUGCCCGGAGAAGCGGCGUGCCAAAGCCAGGCGGCGAGUUCGGGACCAGAGGGAGGCGCCCAGGCGACACCAGACCAGCCAUGCAGUACCACCAGCCGCCCGGCCCGGCCGCCGUGCCCCCGCUAUACGCGCCGACGCCGCUGCUGCAGCCCGUGCACCCCACACCCUUCUACAUCGAGGACAUCCUGGGCAGGGGGGCCCCGGUGCCGCCGCCGCCGCCAACCCUGCCGUCGCCCAACUCCUCCUUCACCAGCCUGGUGGCCUCCUACCGGACCCCCAUCUACGAGCCGACUCCGAUCCACCCGGCCUUCUCGCACCCCCUGGCUGCAGCAGCCACCUAUGGGUCGGGCCCCUAUGGCACUGCAGCCGGGCCCCCUCUCUACCCCUUUCAUCCUCGCGCGGUCGGGGAUUACGCUCACGCCCUCAUUCGUCACGACCCUCUGGGGAAGCCGCUGCUCUGGAGCCCGUUCAUGCAGAGGCCGCUGCACAAGAGGAAAGGGGGCCAGGUGCGCUUCUCCAACGACCAGACCAUCGAGCUGGAGAAGAAGUUCGAGACGCAGAAGUACCUCUCCCCGCCCGAGAGGAAGCGCCUGGCCAAGAUGCUGCAGCUCAGCGAGAGGCAGGUUAAAACUUGGUUUCAAAAUCGCCGGGCGAAGUGGAGGCGCCUAAAACAGGAAAAUCCUCAAGCCAGCAAAAAAGAAGAUUCCGAAAGCAGGGACAGUCACCAGGAUCCGAGGCAAGAAGGCUGCCUGAGCCCCAAGUGGGAUAAAGAGGCUUCUCCAGACAGGCCACAGUACACCCCGUCGCCAGUCUCCCAGGAAGAGCUGGAUUCAGACAUCUCAGCUGAUUCUGAUCAAGAAGUGGACAUUGAAGGUGACAAGGUCUAUUUCAAUGGUCCCCACCAGUAGUGCCCCCCUUGAGGAUGGACCUUCCCUCCACUUGCACUUUAAGAGGAGCUGGGUUGACAAACAUGAUCUUGCUACAACAGGAAAGAA